UGUGUGUGUGUGUGUGUGUGUGUGUGUGUGUUUGAGCGCCUGUGGUCAACCUGAUCUACAUGUAGGCCAGACAGCUGAUAAUUAGGCCUCGCAGACCCGCAAACUUGCAGACGGAGGGUGCGAAGGUCAUGUACACUGGCGCUGUGACACGCCGGCGCUCGGCCCGGCCCGGCGGUAUAUAUCGGACGGCAGAGAGAGAGGAGCGCGGAUUCGGAGGAGCUGCGAGGCGGCGCCGCGCGACAGCCGACCGACCACCUGCCGACGAUGAGGGUCAUCAACCUUGUAUGUACACAUCCUGUCCCUUAUCUCCCGGUUAUCCUCUCUUUUCCAGGCCUGUGCUCGCUCUGCGGCGGAUUUGUGAUGUGGAAACUUUCCGUACUCAGGGUCCGGACCCUUCCCUGGCGUACCGGCCGAACCUGGAGCGGGGAGAGUCCAAGGGGAAGGAGGACUACCGGAACUUUGAGAGCGGGAGUCUGAUCGACCGUGUGUUCAAUACCUACAAACUGAUGCACACUUCACAGACACUGGACUUUGUGAAGCAAAAGCAUUCCGAGUGGUCAGGCUGCAGCCACGCCCGGAUCGGGGUAAUGGAGGCCAUCAUGUCUCUGGACCAGCUGGUGGAUGAGUCUGACCCGGAUGUGGAUUUUCCCAACUCCUUCCACGCUUUCCAGACUGCCGAGGGUAUCCGCAGAGAGCACCCCCACAAAGACUGGUUCCAGCUGGUGGGUCUGAUCCACGAUAUUGGGAAGAUCAUGGCUCUUUGGGGAGAACCCCAGUGGGCUGUGGUGGGGGACACCUUCCCUGUGGGCUGCAAGUUCCAAGACUCCAUUGUGUUUAGAGACAGCACAUUCAAGGAUAACCCGGAUGACAAAAAUCCUGCCUACAAUACUGAAUUUGGGAUCUAUGCACCCACCUGUGGACUCGACAAUGUCCUCAUGUCCUGGGGCCAUGAUGAGUAUCUCUACCAAGUCAUGAAGUUCAACAAGUGCUCCAUUCCAGAGGAGGGUCUGAACAUGAUCCGCUUCCAUUCCUUCUACCCAUGGCACUCCCAGGGGGACUACAUGCACCUGUGCAACGAGAAGGACCUCGAGAUGCUGCCCUGGGUCCAGGAGUUUAACAAGUUUGACCUGUACACCAAGACCACGGACCUGCCCGAUGUGGAAACCCUGAAGCCGUACUACCAGGCUCUCAUUGACAAGUACUGCCCUGGAAUACUCAAGUGGUGACACGUAGACGCCCAAGUACGAAGCAGAACAG